AUCACGCGCCGCGUCUCGGUGCGUUGCGCGUAUAUUAUAGCAGCGGAGAGGCGAGUUUUAACAAUUGACCGGCAUACUCGUCUCUCAGCUGCGAGGUAGGUAUAGUAGCAGUGCUGCCGUUGCCGUUGCCACUGCUGCUGCUGCUGCUGCUGCUGCCACUGCUGCAUAAAUACGAGACGCACCUGGUCAAUAUUCAAACAUCGUGCGAAAUCACAAUAUCGAGUCGAUUUGGAAGAGAGAAGACAUCGGAGGAAAAAUGAGCGAAAUGUAUCGAGUCCUCGUGACCAGCGAUCUGCCCAGCGUCGCGAUCGAUCUGUUGAAAACAAAAUGCGAGGUGACGAUAGCCGAUCCCAAGUCCGCCGACAUUGCCGAGCAAGUGCAGCAGUACGACGCGCUGCUGGGAACCACCCGGGUGGACGGGAAAUUUCUAGACUCCGCGGGAUCGAGGCUGAGGAUCGUGGCGACGCCGUCGGCCGGCUACGAUCAUCUGGACGUCGAGGAGAUCAAGAGGCGCGGCAUCAGGGCCGGACACUCGCCCAGGGUCCUGUCGGCCGCCGUGGCCGAGGUCGCCGUCUGUCUGCUGAUCAUGGCGGCGAGGCGCAUGCACGAGGGUCGUCAAUUGCUCGAGGCAGGGAAAACUCAAAAGGGUUUCCAGUGGCUGCUGGGGCACGAUUUGCGCCACAAGACCGUCGGCAUCGUGGGACUCGGCGACAUCGGCACCGAGACCGUCAAGCGCUUGAAGGCCUUCGCGAUCGACAAAUUCUUGUACACCGGACACAGUAGGAAAAAAAUCGGCGACGAUCUCGGUGCCGAAUUCGUGACGCUCGACGCGCUGCUGCGACAGAGCGACUUCGUCAUAAAUUGCGUGCCGCUGACCAAGGAGACCACGAGAAUGUUCGACGACGCGGCCUUCGCCAAGAUGAAGAAGGACUCGGUCUUCGUGAACAUCGGCCGAGGACUGACGGUCGACACCGAGGCUCUCGUGCGAGCUCUGAAGAACGGCACCAUCUACGCGGCCGGUCUCGACGUUACCGAUCCCGAGCCACUGCCCGUCGAUCACGAACUGUUAAAGUUGCCCAACGCAGUUGUAUUGCCACACAUGGGAUCUCAGACGGUGGAGACGCGCGAGGACAUGGCCGUGACGGCUGUCAAAAAUGUGCUCAACUUUUUCGAGGGCAAGCCAUUGCUCUACGAGAUAUAAAUAUUAGCCAGUUUGAAAGCGUUUCAUUGUAUAGAAUUAUUUUAAUAAGAUUAUUUUUUGAAAUUGAUUAAUUUUUCUGAUAGAAAAUAAAGUAUAAAGGUAAUGAUGACAUAGAGACCUUCUGCUAUUGUACCAUAUCAAAAUAGUAUUGAAUAUUUAAUUAAAAUAAAACAAUGCUUCUAUGAUUAUGAAUCAAA